GAAAACAGAAGAACAUAGACCUCUCUGAGACAUCUGCGGCAUUACUCUACCAGUGUGUUUAGGAGUGUGUGAGUGUUACAUUUUAACUGACCUUGUGUGUGUGUCUCUGUAUGUGACUUUCCCUGGUCAUGGAUAUACCACUGACCACCCCACUCCUCCUCGCCCUCCUUCUCUGCUCCCUCUCCUUCGUUCACGGGGCCAUGGACUCCUGCUACGAUGACGACGAGGGCGUCCCUAGCCGUUGCAUGCCCAAGUUCGAGAACGCAGCCUUUAACCGCACGAUCAUGGCUUCCAAUGUGUGCGGUUCACCGCCAGAGGAUUACUGCAUGCAGACGAGCUCGACGCGCUCCUGCCACCACUGUAGUGUGUCGGACAUGGGCCUCAGCCACAACGCCAGCCUGCUGACGGACUUACACACGGAUGAGGAACCCACCUGGUGGCAGAGCCAGUCCAUGUUCUACAGAGUCCAGCACCCUAACUCUGUUAAUCUCACCCUGCGCCUCGGUAAGGCCUUUGAGAUCACCUACGUGCGGCUCAAGUUCUACACCAGCCGACCGGAGAGCUUUGCCAUCUACAAGAGGACAAAUCAGGAUGGACCAUGGAUGCCCUACCAGUACUACAGCGCCUCCUGUAGCAAGACCUACGGGAAGAACGCCAAGGGAUAUAUCCGCCCGGGGGACGACGAGAGGAUGGCAUUGUGCACCGACGAGUUCAGUGACAUCUCCCCUUUGACUGGGGGCAACGUGGCCUUCUCUACUUUGGAGGGACGACCCAGCGCAUAUAACUUUGACCAGAGCGCCGUGCUGCAGGAGUGGGUGACAGCCACUGACCUGCUGAUCUCUCUGGACAGGCUCAACACUUUCGGAGACGAGUUCUUCAAGGACGCCAAGGUGCUGCGAUCCUACUUCUACGCCAUCUCUGAUUUCUCUGUGGGAGCCAGGUGUAAGUGUAAUGGCCAUGGCAGUGAGUGUGUGUUGGACGAGCAGGGGGCUCUGGUGUGUGACUGCCAGCAUCACACUGCCGGGGUGGACUGCCAGAAGUGCCGCCCGUUCUACCAGGACAGGCCAUGGGCCAGGGCCACCGGAGACUCUGCCAACCAGUGUAUGAAGUGUAACUGCAGUGGGCGAGCGGAUGCAUGUGUGUUCGAUGCGGAGCAGUACCGUAGCACAGGGAGUGGGGGGCGCUGUGUGGACUGUAGGGAGCACACUGACGGACCGCACUGUGAACGCUGCAAAGAGAACCACUACCGACGGUCACCACAGGACCUCUGCCGCCCCUGCGACUGUAACACCAUAGGUUCUGUGAGUCUGCAGUGUGGUGCAGAGGGGAUGUGUACGUGCAGACCCAGUGUGACGGGGGAGAAGUGUGACACCUGUCAACCCGGCUUCCACUCGCUCAGCCCUGGUGGCUGCAGGUCGUGUGACUGUGAAACCAGGGGCAGUGUUGGCAUCUGCUCUACGCUGGACGGAGGUUGUCACUGCAAGGAUAACGUGGAGGGACAGGCGUGUGACAGGUGCAAGCCAGGCUCCUUCAACCUGCAGGAGAACAACCCAGCUGGCUGCACGUCAUGUUUCUGCUUCGGACACUCAUUGGCCUGCAGAUCCUCCAAUCACCAUGAGGCUGUCAACAUCACCUCUGACUUCCUUGAAGACCCAGACCGCUGGUCUGGACAGUUCUCUGGGGGACAGGAGUACCCUCUGCUGUGGAAGGAAGGUGAGGUCUACCUGCUACCACUCAGUGAGGAUGACCUGGGCUUCUACAGAGCUCCAGAGAAGUUCUUGGGGAACCAUCUCCUGAGCUAUGGCCAGCUCCUCUCCCUGACCUUCACGGCCGAGGCCCAGUGCCUCCUCCCUCACAGUGUCACUGUGCUUCUGGAAGGAUCUGGAAUCACCCUGUCAGCUGACCUUUCACCCCAACCUGAACUUGUCCACCAGCCAGGCCUCGCUCCCCAGCACACCUUCACUCUCAGACUUCACAAGGAGGAGACAAGACUGAGGCCUUUUCUGUCUGCCUUCCAGUUCCAAAGUCUUCUCUUCAACAUCACUGCAUUCAGGAUCAGCAACGCAGGAGGACACAACUACACGUCCCAACUCUCAGGGGUAACCCUGGCCUCCGCUGCUCACUCCUCCAGCCCUGUUACCUCCUCUACCCCCCCUGCUCCCUGGGUUGAGGUGUGUACGUGCCCCCCGGGGUUUGGGGGUCAGUUCUGUGAGCUGUGUGCCCCAGGCUACACCAGAGAGGUCCCUAACAGAGGACCCCUGUCACCCUGUGUGCCCUGCACCUGCCACCAGCACGGACCCUGCCACCAUGAGACAGGUGUGUGUGAGUGUGCCGAUUUCACCACAGGACCAACCUGCGAGCGCUGCCUGGAUGGUUACUAUGGCAACGCGUUGAUUGGCACGACCAACGACUGUCAAACUUGCCCCUGCCCGGACCGCACCAGCUGUGCUCAAAUUAUGGAGAUUGGGGACGUGGUCUGUACCAACUGCCCUUCGGGACAGAGGGGAACCAGGUGUGAGUUGUGUGAGGACGGUUUCCACGGCGACCCCCUGGGCCGUUCUGGGCUGGUUCGGCAGUGCGAGCGGUGUGACUGUAACGGUAACGUGGACCCCAACGCACUGGGUGUGUGUGAUCACAUGACGGGCCGCUGCUUCAAGUGUCUGGGACACACCGAGGGAGACCACUGUCAACGUUGUCGACGCAGUUACUAUGGAGAUGCCAUGGACCGGACGAUGGCCGGGAAGUGCAAACCCUGCGACUGCAGUCCUGCAGGGACUUCUGGGUUGUUGGAGGACUGUGACCCCCAGACCGGAAGUUGUCAGUGCCUUAGUCAUGUGACCGGGGGAGACUGUGGCCAGUGUUCAGUCGGCUUCUUCAACCUGCAGCCUGGAGUAGGCUGUGAGAGGUGCAACUGUAACCCCAUUGGCUCGUCUUCCGCGGGGUGCCACCCAAUCACAGGGCAGUGUGUGUGUCGGCCGGGACUGGAGGGGCGGCUGUGCAGCACCUGUCGUAUGGGCUUCUUUGGUUUCUCCUCACGAGGCUGCAGAGCCUGUAACUGCGACCCUAUGGGCUCCAGCUCCAUGCAGUGCCACACAAACGGCACCUGUCCCUGCCGCCAGGGCUUCGUGGGGUACAAGUGUGACCAGUGUGAGCUCAACUACUUCCACAACAGAGCCACGCACCAGUGUGAAGAGUGCCCCAUCUGCUAUGGGCUAGUCAAGGAGCAGGCAGGGAAGCUGAAGGCACGGCUGCAGGAUUUGGAGAAGCUCCUGGCACGCUUCGACUGCCGGAGUGGCUACGGACGCCAGCAUCACGUGCGCGAGUAUCACGUGCGCCAGCAUCACGAGCGUGGCCAUCAGGGGGAGGACAGCCUGCCCAAUGCGCUGGAGGACUUCCUGGCUAUCCAAGAGGCAAAAGAAGCCUUUGUCAAACAGUUUGCUCUCCUGGAGAUGUCGACACACACUCUCUCAGCCCAGCUGCACACUGUUACCACAGCUAUGAACUGUAGCGCCAGCAUGGAGGAAGAGCAGGAGGAAGGGUGGAGAACAUUGUGCAGGACCCUUGCUGACUCUGAGUCAGUGGUUAUAAGUGCACGGACCCAGCUGAUGCAGGCAACUCUGGACCUGGACAACAUGGUCAUUCCUUUCAAGGUGACACCUGAGCCCAACCGCUGGAACUCAGCAGUGAACGAUUCAGAGAUACUUAUGAAAAGUCACACAGAGAUGGCUGGUCAUAUAGAGGCUAUAGCGACCAAGGCUUUCAUGGCCUCCAACCAGACCUACUCUCUCCUGAUGGACCUACUGGAGGACAAGUCUAUUGAGGAAUACAUCAGCAACCUCACGGAGCAGUGA